GGUGAUAAUGAAGUGGUGAAAAGAGGUUCCAUGUAUCAGAGCUCUAAGGAGGUCAGGAGAAUGAGAAAGCAACGAGAAGGGAGGAGGAAAGUAGACUUUGGGUGCAGUGAUGAUGCUUUUAUUUCAUUUGAGAUUGUAGAUCAUGUGCCUAAGCAUAUCGGCAAACUCGGCGUCCGGAAUGGCAGUUAAUGAUGAGUGCAAGCUCAAAUUCUUGGAGCUGAAAGCCAAGAGGAAUUUCCGUUUCAUCAUCUUCAAGAUUGAUGAGGCACUACAACAAGUCACGGUGGAGAAGCUAGGCAAACCCGGCGAGAGCUAUGAUGAUUUCACAACAUCCUUUCCCCCGAAUGAGUGCCGCUAUGCUGUUUUUGAUUUCGACUUUGUUACCGAUGAAAAUUGCCAAAAGAGCAAGAUCUUCUUCAUUUCUUGGGCUCCGGAUGCAUCAAGAGUGAGGAGUAAGAUGUUAUAUGCUAGCUCCAAAGAUAGAUUCAAGAGAGAACUCGACGGCAUUCAAGUUGAGUUGCAGGCCACUGAUCCAAGCGAGAUGAGCCUUGACAUCGUUAAAGAGAGAGCUUUAUGA